AUGAUUAAUGAAAGUAUACCUUCCAAAGCAUCAGUGACAUCUGGAGUUGACGGCUGUCAUACAGCUGGCGUAACGACAUCAUCUGUUCCAGCAUCGUCUGGUUCCACAAGUGCAAGUGAUGUACUUCUAAAUAAUUUAUGGACUCAACUUGAUCAUAUUCAGCCUACAAUUCCUGACCGGCUGUCAAUUGCCAUACUGGAAGGUGCUGGUAUACAAAUGGAAAACAGUGAUCCACGACUUGCUCGUUUAGUUAGUCUGGCUGGUCAGAAAUUCCUGACUGAUAUCCUUACUGAUGCCAUGCUUCACUGGCGACUUGCAAACGGACAGCCUACUGGUUUACUGAAUCAUCCGAGUAUGCCUACAACAUCUGUACCAAGUCAGACAUCUAAUUCAUCUGCUAAUUCAACACCAGCGAACAGUCUAAAUCAAUCUAUUCCACAGUCCCCGUCAUCAAAUGCGAAACCGGGAACCAAUAAAUUUCCUGCUGAUCGCCGAGCCACUCUUACGCUGGAGGAUCUUAUUGCUUCUUUAAAUGAUAGGGGUAUUCAUGUCGCUCGGCCGCCGUAUUAUCGAUAG